UGAUGUAAAGAUGGCGUCGGACAGCGACAGCGAUGAGGACUUUGUAACUUAUGGUGUUCCUUUGGAGCCGUUAGAAGAAGAUGAACCUCGACGGAAGCCUAUCCCGGUGCACGAGCAGACGGUCAAAGAUGAGAAGGGCCGCUACCAGCGGUUCCACGGAGCCUUCACCGGGGGAUUCUCCGCCGGAUACUUCAACACCGUGGGGACCAAAGAAGGCUGGACCCCGUCUACAUUCGUGUCGUCGCGACAGCAGAAGGGGGAGAAGCAGAGUGCCAGGCCUGAGGACUUCAUGGAUGAGGAGGACUUGGGUGAGCACGGUAUUGCCCCUCGUAAGAUCACCAUGACGGCGGACUUCCAUUCUGGCCGCAGUGACCCGCUCCAAGAGAAGGCUCGGGCCCUCAGCGCCAUGACCGGACCCAUCCCUGGAGACACACUGCUGGAGGACCUGAUCGCUCCCGCAAGGACCUCUAUUGGAGUUCAGCUGCUGAGGAAGAUGGGCUGGCGUGAUGGCCAGGGGGUGGGGCCAAGAGUCAGGAAGAGGAAGUUACGCAACGCCAACGCAGAUGCAGGACAGAGGCUGUAUGGCUGUGCACUACCACGAGAGGGCUCAGAGGGCUCAGAGGAUGACGAGGAUGAGGAGUUUGCUCCGGAGGACGUGACCUUUGCCCCUAAGGACGUGACCCCGGUGGACUUCUCGGUGAAGGAGGACGUGCACGGGCUGGGCUACCGCGGCCUCAACCCCGGCCUGGCGCUCUCAGGCGGCGCCACCAGGGGGCACCACUUCAACCUCUUCACCAUGGACGACGACCGCGCCAGCAGCCUCUUCGGACAGAAGACACACACACGCCGCGGUGGAGUCGCAGGCCAGGCGUUUGGCGUGGGCGCUGAUGAAGAGGAGGAUGAAGAUGUGUACCACAGAGACGCCAUGUCCAACUACGACUCCGUCCUGGGAGGGGAGGAGCCUGGAGACGGCCUCUUCGGAUGGACCGCCCCCCAACAGUACAAGAACAAGAAGAACAACUCUAAGAGGGACGCUACUUACCUGGGGAAGAUCCUGGAGGGCUUCACGCUGGCCUCCAAGACUGACGAGCUGAAGACGGUGUUCCCCCCGCCGGUGCUGCCGCGGGACUUCCGUCCGGUGCACUACUUCCGGCCCGUGCUGGACAUGAGCGGGGUCAGCCCGGUGGUUGCCGCGGCGCUGAGGGAGUCCCGAGGUCACAUGACCCAGCCCACACAGGACGCAGCCGGACGACACCAGCUGGACUCCGCCCAGAGGAGAGACCUGCUGGGAGAGACCUCACUCACAGGUCCCAGCUCUGUGUUUGAGCUGCUGCGUCCUGAGGACCAGGAGAAGCUGUCUCGCGUGCGUCAGUCGGCCGCGGCCUCUGAGAAGCGGAAUGUUCCGGACCUGGCCUCUGAGAAGCGGAAUGUUCCGGACCUGGCCUCUGAGUCGGGCCGCGCUGCCGUGGUGGCCGCCGCCAAAGCCUCCGCCCUGCAGGCCCUGUCCAGCCGCUUCUCCAGCCGGCCACCGGGGGCGCCAGAGAGCCAGGCCCUGGCCAGCCGCUUCACCAGCCAGCCAGAGGGGGCAGCAGAGAGCCAGGCGCUGGCUGUGUGGAGCGCCCCCACCGCUGACACCAAGAGCGCGUUCAAGCCGUUCGACAAGAACCCCUCCAAGCAGGCACGCUAUGACCAGUACCUCAGCCUGCUCAAGCAGGGACACAGGGACGCUCUGGAGCGGAGUCUGGACGUGUGUAUGACGGAGUGGGAGCGAGGGCGUGAGAGGGAUGAGUUUGUGAGGGCGGCUCUGCUCUACAAGCCCACUAGCUCCGCCCUCGCCAGCCGCUUCACACGCAGUCGCCAGGACGACAAUGACGACACCGUGGAGGUGCCCCGAGACACGGAGAACGAUGUGGAUGAUAAGCAGGCAGCGGUGAAGAUGAAGAUGUUUGGGAAGCUGACCAGAGAUACGUUUGAGUGGCAUCCUGACAAACUGCUGUGCAAGAGAUUCAACGUGCCCGAUCCUUACCCCGGGUCAGGCUUGGUGGGCAUGCCCAAGGUGAAGAGAGAUCGUUUCUCUGUCUUCAACUUCCUCACCGUAGACGAGAGUCCUACAGCAAGCAGCAAGUCCACCACACACACACCAGCCUCCUCCUCCUCCUCCUCCAGAGCGUCUGCUGGGGGGAAGCGUUCUCGUUGGGACCUCUCAGCGCCCCCUGCUGACCAGAGUGACCCCCUCAGUGCUCUCAUCAGCGAGGCCCGCAACGAGGCCUCACACCCCACCACUCACACACCUGCCAAGCCCAAAGAGGAGGAGAGGAAAGACGGCAGAGAAGAGGGGGAUGAAGAGAAGAAGGAGAAAAAAGAGGAGGAAGAGGAGGAGGAGGAGGAGGAGGAGAGCAGGCCGCCCAUAGACCUGUUCAAAGCCAUCUUCAGCUCGUCCGACGAGAAGUCUUCCUCCUCAGGAGAGAGUGAUGAAGAGGAGGAGGAGGUGGAGAAGGAGGAGCCAAAGGUGGAGACUCUGACACCAGGCCCAAUCAGCUUCAGCCGUAUCCCACUAGCCACGCCCACCCCCCCACAGACUGCGUCCACAGCCCUGCCCCCAAGUCUGCCUGCACACCUGCAAGGCUCCGACACCACCACAGGGCGUGGAGUGGCUAAGGAGAAAGGUGCAGCCCCACCCUCUACUGCAACCUGUAAAGAUGGAGGACAGGAGGAGGAGGAGUUUGGACCGAGACUACCCCCGCCCACUACAUCAGGAUCCCUGGUACUGAGGAAGGAGGAGGAGGAGAAGCGUAUGAGGAAGAGGAGUAAGGAGAAGCGCAAAGCCAAGAAGGAGCACAAGCACAAGAAGCACAAGAAGAAGCAGAAGAAGCCGAAGCACAAAGGGAAGCAGAAGAGGAAGAGGGAGAGGGAGAGGAAGGACGAGUCCUCCGACAGCUCGUCUGAUAGCGACGAGGAGGAGGAGGAGGAUGAAGAGGCGACCACAGAUGAGCUGCUAAAGAGAUUGAAGAGCAUCAGAGGGAGGAUGUAAUGUUAGUGUGCGGAGCUGUGGCCUCUGUGAGGCCCGUCAUGGAGAGACCCAGCACAGCAGACAUGAGGAGAGGAGAGGAGAGGAGAGGAGACGAGACAAGAGGAGACGAGAC